GUCUGAGUCUGACCACGGCUGCAUUGGUAGAUGUGACAGUCAAAAAAUACGGAAAUAUGUGGAUAAAUUCAACAGACAGGAUGCAAUAUGGAUGUGAUUGUUGGACAGAAAGUAUAGAACAAUGAGUGUGAUAACUAUGUACAUCGCUUAUCGUGUGUUUGCCGGGGAUAGGCUAUCUAUACACAUACAUUAAUGUUUAAUGUAUGUAUGUAUACUCUUCAUCAGGUGUGCUGGUCACAUGAACCUGGUUGUCGUUCUCUCCUAAUAGUCCCGAGGUACAUGCAUUGAUAAGUGAGAUUAAAUUGUAAUCGAAUAACACAUCUGCCUUACCUGUUGUCUGCUUCAUUCCUGAUUGUAACGGAGGGCAGUAUUGUUAUAAUAACCACUUAACCUUUUCUCAAAGUAUCAAAACUGUGAUAUCAGAUUUCAAUCAGAACUCGAAUGAGGCAUAAUUGGUGGCAGCCAGAGCUCUGCACACGCCGUGUUAGUGAUCUGAACGACUUAACCAAUUAAUCAUCAUGUGAAAUAUUGACGGAAAUUCCAAAGGAACCUGUUGACGGAAUACAAUGGCUACUGACGUUUUGGACAUAAUGACUUCUCAGACAAAAUGCCAUUCCAAAUUGAUGUUUUUUAAGGCCAAACGAAAGAGAAAGUUGCAGGUUUUGGGGUUGAUGGUACUGGUUUAUGCCUGCUUUCUAACGCUAGCCGUAGUACAUAAAUCCGUCUAUUAUGAGGAAUCUAGUGUCGAGGGUCAAGCAUCAGGACCAGGAAGAUAUAAGAGGGAUUUAUCAGAAGAAAAAGGUGAGAACGAGUCAGAAUGUAUCCCUCGAUCUGUGGAGGAGUUUCCUGGAAACUUCAUGUCACUGAAGGAAACCCAGGAAGGGGGUUUCCUGAUACACACACUCGUUGUUAUUUAUAUAUUCGGGGCAAUCGCUAUCGUCUGUGACGACUACUUCGUGGCGUCCUUGGAAAUAAUAUGCGAUGAAUUAGAUUUAAGCGAAGAUGUCGCUGGCGCAACGUUUAUGGCGGCUGGCAGUUCUGCGCCCGAACUUUGCACGUCACUGAUAGGAGUGUUUAUAGCCGAGAGUGACGUAGGUGUGGGCACAAUUGUUGGAUCGGCCGUUUUCAAUAUUCUAUUUAUCAUCGGCGUGUGUGCUAUAUUUGCCGGCAUGGUUGUGGAGCUGACAUGGUGGCCGAUGUUCCGAGACUGUUUGUUUUAUCUUUUUUCCGUGAUUGCCUUGGUAGUUGUAAUCCAGGACAAUAGUGUGGAAUGGUACGAAGGGAUGAUUCUUUUCCUCAUGUACCUUCUCUACAUACUCGUGAUGUACUUCAACAAAGCAAUCCAUGCAUUCAUUGAGAGAUGUCUGACACAUUUGAAACCCAGGAAAUUAACAUAUGAUGCCGACAACAACAAACAAGGUCUGCUAGAAUCGCAGAAAGCAUUGGAUGUAGAAAAAUCGACCGGAAAUGACGAAAUAGCAAGAAAGCAAACCGACGCAGAAACAACGUUUACAAAUUCAAACACAGAUUCUGGCAGAACAGAAACAGAAGACGACAAGUACGAGUCGCCUUGGAUCAUACCAAAUACGUUUUUCGCACGCUGCUUUUGGGUUGCUAUGCUACCAAUGAGAGGUCUCUUCUACGUCACAGUACCGGACUGCCGAAAGCCGUGGGGUCAUUGGCGUAAAACAUAUCCCCUGACUUUCUUACUAUCCAUUGUCUGGAUUGUGGGCUUAUCUUACAUCAUGGUUUGGAUGGUUGCCAUCACAGGUGACGCGCUAGAGAUUCCUGACACAGUCAUGGGUCUGACUCUGUUGGCAGCUGGAACAAGUGUGCCGGAUUGUCUCGCUAGCCUUUUUGUGGCGAGAGAUGGUUAUGGAGACAUGGCCAUAUCCAACUCUAUAGGGAGUAACGUGUUCGACGUCCUGGUGUGCCUAGGUAUCCCAUGGCUUGUACACACUGCGGCCUUCAACAAUGGCGACCCUCUGAAAAUCAGCAGCGAAGGCCUUACCUACUCCGCUCUCACUCUACUGUCAACCGUCUUCUUCAUCGGUAUCGCCGUCAUUGUGGCGAAGUGGAAGCUAGGGCGAACAUUCGGCAUCAUAUGUCUUGUAGCGUACGUGUUGGUGAUCACUCUUUCCUGUCUGUACGAACUCAACGUCUUUGGAACCUUCAAUCUACCGCCUUGUCCGAGGACAUGACGUUCGGAGUGACGUAGUGUGACAGAUAUGACGUAAUUUGACCUGGAUAACGUAGUGUGUCGUGAAUGCCGUAGUUUGGCAUGGAAAACGUAGCGUGGUCUACUUGUGUAUGUGACAUGUUUGUGUACAACUGUGUGUUCGUCAUAGAUUUGUAGACAUCGUGGCGGGAAAAUGUGUUCCAAUCGAUCAAAUUUUGUUAUAUAUAGUAAUUAUAUUUAUAUUAUUGAGAGGAAGUUCUCAUUGCACUGAACAAUCAAAUAUUUACUUGGACAAAUGUUGAUACAGCUACCCCAAAAACACAUCAUUAUGUUAUAUGGUUUGUUAAUCUGUUUAAGUCGACGCAUUACCUAUAUUAGUCGAUUAAAAUUAUGUUUAUACAGAGCCAGUUUUAAGAACGGGUCCUGUUCAAGUCGACCAUAUCAAAUAGAUGGCCAAAGAUGUUGUAGAAAAUAUUAAGAUAUAUAAAGAUAUAUAUGAUGUUAAGUGUCAUUGAUGUAGAUUUUACGGCCACUUUUGUUUAGAUAUGUUGGUAUGAUACCGUAUUUAUCAGUCUAUCGUUUGUUAUAGUGGACUCUGUUGUUCAUUUAAGUCUACAUAGGGGAGAAGCAAGGCAGUCAUCAAUCUAGACAAUGAAUUAACAGGGAAUAUGUUUUGUUAAAUAAAUUUUGUUAUUCAAUUGUG